UUCAUGGUAAUGUAGUAUGGACUCCGGCACACGAUAGUAUAACAGGGUAACAAGGCUCGCAGCUGAGCAACGAAGCAAGAAAACGAAAACAGAAACACCGUCAGACUUUUCAGGUUAUCGUCGUCGUAAUAUAAGAUGAAGAAUCGCGUUUUGACGAUGCUGUUGUGUUUGCUGAUGUCAAUAGUAUCAUCAUCGUCAUCAUCUCCUGGGGGUGGUGAGCAAUCGUUGACGGCGAAUGGGAAGGUGUUGGAGCUGAACGAGUCGAACUUCGAUUCGGCCAUCUCUACCUUUGACUUCAUACUCGUCGAUUUCUACGCCCCAUGGUGCGGCCACUGCAAGCGUCUCUCUCCCCAGUUAGAUGAAGCUGCCCCGAUACUUGCCAGCUUGAAAGAGCCCAUAGUUAUAGCGAAAGUAAAUGCUGACAAAUUUACCCGUCUUGCUCGUAAAUACGAUAUUGAUGCAUUUCCUACCCUCAUGAUCUUUAUGCAUGGCAUCCCUGUAGAAUAUAAUGGACCAAGGAAAGCAGAUUUACUUGCUCGUUAUCUGAAAAAAUUUGUUGCUCCUGAUGUUUCGGUUCUUGACUCAGACUCUGCUAUCAGUGACUUCAUUGAGACAGCUGGCACUUACUUUCCUAUAUAUAUAGGCUUUGGCUUGAACGAGUCAAUGAUAUCAAAGUUAGCCAUAAAGUAUAAGAAAAAGGCAUGGUUUUCUGUGGCAAAAGAUUUCUCUGAGGACAUCAUGGUAUUAUAUGAUUUUGACAAGGUUCCCGCUUUGGUAUCUCUUCAUCCAACCUACCAUGAGCAGAGCAUUUUUUAUGGCCCCUUUGAAGAGCAAUUCUUGGAGGAUUUUGUAAAACAAAGCUUGUUCCCUCUGGCCAUGCCAAUAAACAUCGACUCACUGAAGACAUUGAAAGACGAUGAUAGGAAAAUUGCCCUGACAAUUGUGGAGGAUGAGACAGACGAGAAAUCAAAUAAAAUUAUCAAGUUAUUGAAGGCUGCUGCAUCUGCAAAUCGUGACCUAGUGUUUGGUUAUGUUGGUGUCAAACAAUGGGAAGACUUUGCCGACACAUUUGGAGCUAACAAAAAGACAACACUGCCAAAAAUGGUCAUUUGGGAUGGAGAUGAGGAGUACUUUUCAGUUAUUGGAUCCGAAAGCAUUGAUGACGAGGAUCAGGCAACUCAAAUCUCGCGAUUCCUUGAAGGAUAUAGGGAAGGAAGAACAGAAAAGAAAAGAAUUGGCGGUCCAUCCUUUAUUGGCUUCAUCAAUUCAUUGAUUGGCAUGAGAACUGUAUUCUUGAUUGUUUUUGUGGUUGCAGUCGCGAUGCUUAUCCAAACCAUCAAUAAAGAAGAGCCUCUGAGGGUUGGUACUCGAGACCGGACCGAUCAUGCUAGCGGUUCCGAUUCGGAGGCUGAAAGUAAAGAUUAUAGAUCUGGAGACAAGGAAGAUUAAAGCCGGGCAUUUGGGGGGCUUCUAACUGAAAAUCUAGUCCAGAAUAUGCUUAUAAACAAGUCAACAAUGUGCACGAAGACAUUUGAGUUGAGGGAGGUUCUCUGGCACUUGCAUCUUUUGUAUAAACUCUUAUUUAUGCACAAACCUUUGUCGGUUCAAUUUUAUACUACUUUUGAUUAACUAAUCUAUUCUACUGAAUUGUCAUA